CAAUUUUGAAUCUCUGCAAGUAUGAAGCAUGGAGUUGCAUUCAGAAAAUUCUCGAGGACGUCCUCCCAUCGUAAUCUGAUGCUUCGUAACCUUGUCACUGCUCUUUUUGAGCACGAACAGAUCAGGACAACCCUUCCGAAGGCGAAGGAUACCGCAAGGCUUGCGGAGAAGAUCAUCUCGCUGGGCAAGAGGGGCUCCGAAUCUGCGUACAACCGAGCUCAAGCAUUCGUGCUUAAACCUGCCGUGCUUCCGAAAUUGUUCGAAACAUUUGCACAGCGUUACGCGAAACGUCCAGGUGGGUAUACCAGGAUACACCGCAUUGACAACCGCACUGGCGACAACGCUCCCAUGGCACUUUUGGAACUCGUAGACAACCCACGCGAUUUCAAAUUUGAAAUGACUGCCCGGGCUGUGGGAAGGGACCUGCUGACUGAACAGCUUCGAUGGAACUCUCCUAGAACCGUGCUAAACAGCGGCGUCGACGCUACCCAAUCCAUUGCCAAGGAGGUCAUGCUUAGUGCACGUGAAAAAGGAGAGCUGCGACCCUCAACACGAAUCAACUUGCAAAAAGUCGUGAAAUAUCGCGGAAGUUCGGCUUUGAAGGAAAUUGGGAAAAGGGCGAGUGCGUGGGUUGAAACCCUUCUGGCAAUACCUCUGCAACAGAAAAAGAUGCAAAUAGCUGCAGAUGCAUCUGCUGCCGCUAAAUACAAAGCGCAAACAUCUAAUUAUGUGGAGAAAUUCCCAAAGACAACUAUCCGCGCAGGUGCCGCAGUGCCUGGCGAUGUGCGAUCUGCCAUGCGGUUGGCCAAAGGUGCGAUUGCACGCCCCCGUCGGCCACCCAGAUCUAUUUCCCUACCAUCACCUGCCCGAUAUGACUCGCAAACGUUGCAUCGUCAGUGAGCCAUUGGUGGGCAUCUCCUGUUUUUAUAUAUGAAAACAAUGGAAUCGAUUAAUUGAAGCUACUCUCCGCCGA